UGAGAGGGAAGCUAUAAAGCACCCGGGGAUCCAGUCCUACCUGUCUGCGUUGUUAUCUACUACUCCCAAUCCUUCCUAGGGCCAAGUGUGUUGUUUGUACCACAAACGGAUCACUCUUAACUUGGACUUUGUUAUCUUCCCUAAGCUGUCUACCCACAAUGCACUUUUCAAAUCAUGUUGUGGCCGCCUUGGCCAUCGCGGCCGGCACUGUUCAUGCUGCCCAUAAUGAAACGUCAGCGGCGGUCUCUGAAUAUCCAAGUGCUGCUUCCUCCGUCAAGCACCCCCCUCCAGCUACCCAAUAUAGUACUCCUGAGGUCAAACCUACAGGUUCCACCGUUCCAACAGCUUAUCCCAGUGCCGCCGAGACAGAGUCCACGGUGCCUGUCCCGGCAGCUGGCUCCAGUGUCCCGGUUGCCGAGUCCUCUGCUACUAAGACGAGUAUUCCAGUCAUCAAGUCUAGUACUUCCCAGACUCAGCCCGCUGCCAGUGUUCCUGUUGCGGCUGGCACUACCCCAGCCGCGGAAGCUCCUCCAACAGCUGCUGAAUCCAGUGUUCCUGUUGUUGCCGCUGCUGCCACGACGCCUGCUGCAGGUACCACACCUGCCGCUGAGACCGAGCCCACCGCUACUCAGACGAGCGUCCCUCUUAUCAAGCCCUCUGCGGAAACCCAGGCCGCUCCUCAAACAAGCGCCCAAGCCACCCAGCUUUCUAUCCCAGCAGCCAUACCCGAAGUUCCUCUGACUACCGCACCUACUUCCAAGAUUCCGCUCACCACCGGCACUCCCAGCACCGAGACGCACAAGUACUCCAACUCAACCACUACAAAGACGACGCUCUCUACUGGAACCAGUGGAAGCAACGGUGGCGCCACUGUUCCAGCCGCACCAACCACCACUGGAUUUGAAUCGUCCAGCUCAGGCGUCAAGAUGAUCAUCCCCGGACUGGCCCUUGUCGGCAGCAUCGCCAUGGGCCUGCUCAUCCUUUCAUAAUAAUAACAACAAUUUCUUACUACCCUCUUUCAUCCAAUCUUUGAUAAUACGCAUCUUCCGGAUAUUGCAUGUACCCAAAGCGGUUGUUUUAUAGAUGCGAGUACCCACUCUGCACUGAAUACUUUAAUAGAUCUCCAACGAGAAGUGAGAGUUCAUUCCUUCAUUCAUUGAUAUAUCCAUUCCUUCAUUUAUCCUUUGAUUUACCCCCCCGCACGUCUCAGUCUCUUCCCUU